UCUCUGUCAGAUACUCAUGCACCACCGUCUAGUCAGACUGCACGCACUCACCUAUUCGAAACCAUGAGUGCACCACCGGGAGGCCUGGCCUCUCGUAUCCUCAAGCCGUUCCUCAAACAACUCUCUCGACAAGCCCGUCGAUCGCCCCCUUCAUCCGCCCGACCUACAUCGUCUUCUUCUUCCAAGACUUAUGAAGAGGCCAAACAAUACGCCAGGGAGGUAUGGAGGAGCACGUUUGGGCAACUGGAGCGGGAGCCGGUCUACGAGACCAUCCCGCUUCGACGAGGAGGGAGGGAGAUCGGAGGCAGGAGGUGGCCAGGACAGUACAGGGAAUACCAUCAGAGCCCUUCGUCCUCUAUCAGAUCGGCCCCGCUGACUCAAUCCAGCCGAUUGUUAGCCGGUCGAAUCAGGCCCACGGCUCAGUUGAGAGGACCGGGUAUGGUGAGCCAUACCGGCCUCCAUCCCUCUCCCGCGAGAACGUUUGCGACAUACGGAGGUGGAAAGAUGGCGCACGAAUUUUACAACAACGUCCCUCUUGGGAUGAGAGCUUUGGCCGAUCGGAUCAAGAGGCAAGACGGCGGCAAGGAUCGUCGUAGGAAAAGGAUCGUCAACGUUAAAGCUGGAAAAUCUCAAAUCCAGGCCAGCUUGAAGAAGUACGAGAGGUUGCAUGGAGGAAACCGGUUCGCCCUCCUCGCCGGGUAUGGCCAGGUUGCCGCUUCUACUCAAGCCGAUGAACAAGAGAAGAAGAGACAGGCCGCGGCGGAAGAGUUCAAGAGGUACUUUGAGCUCGCCGUCCAGCCUACCGUAACGGAGAUCGAGCAUGCAGUACAGGAUACAGACAAAGACGUUGCAAGGGCGGAUCACAAUCGGACGACUUAUCUCUUACUCCCCCUGGCCCCGUCUUUAUCUCACCUGCUCUCCCUCCCCGUCCUUCCCUCUUCAACCAUCAAGAAGGACCAAGACCCCUACACAGCCCAUCCGACCCCGGACCUCCUCCUCUCCCUCCUCCCCACUCAACAGGCAUACGACCACCACGCCCGGACAAGACUCUUCCCCCUUCUCGAGGAGAUCGGAGGACGGGUCUGGUUGAGCUCGGAAGAGGGCGGCUGGCUGAGAACGGAUAGGGAUGGGGUGGAUGUGGACGUCGAGGUCGUAUACGCCGCAGGAGGUCAAGGUCAACAAGAGGCAGAAGCGUUGAGGCUGGUCUUCCGCGGAUGGAGCGAGGAGGGCGUGGAGAGGCUCGUCAACCACUGUCAAGGCAAGGCCGAGCCUGAAAGUCGAGGAUGGUGGUACAUCUACUCGGUACCCCAUUCCCCUCACCGGGACUCGAUGUCGACUUCGGCUUCGGCUUCGUUCGGAGAAGCAGACGAGAUGACCGAUUUCGCCCGAUCUGGAUACGCCUCGUCCUCGUCCGCAUCAGCGUCGUCUAUGGACCUCUCUAGCCUUCCUACAUCGGGGACCCUCACCCCUCUAUCCUCCUCUUCCUACGCUUCGUCCGUCUAUUCGCACACGGACGAUAUCCCCACGCCUCUCCUCACUGAAGAGGAAGACGCUUGGAGGAUGCAGAUGCCGGUGUUGAGCGAAACGGGAUCGGUCUUUACCUCCACCAGCGAUGCUGGUUCGAUCGCGGGCGAGAGUGAGUUGGAUUGGGUAGAAGAGCGGGUAUGGGCUGCCUGAGCUUGGGGAGACGCCCGAUGAUGACGAUCAGAUCGGACUUGCCCCGGUCGUUCUUUUCUAUGUUCUUGUACACACGAUACGGCUUGAAAGGCUCUGUUCCUUGUAAAUGUCUGUUUGUUUCAGUCCUUGUGUGCCCUUUUGUAUAUAUGUUGAGAAUGCAAACCAAACUAUACCGUUCCGUGAAAAUGUAGGAUGACAAAACAAGCCACUACUGUUUCAUCGCUUCAGAACACAUGAACAAUACAAU